ACCGUCCGUCUUAGCUUGGCCCCUGCUGAUCCGAACCGUGACCUACAUCGAAGAAACUUUUUCCACCGAAUUUUUGAUAUCCUUCAAAUUUGAUUCUUUGACUGAAAAAAGUACAUUUCCUACAUUGGUGACUAAACCUUCGUCGAUCAAUGCAAAACAGUCCGUUUUGGUCAAAGUUUACUGGCUGAAAUAACGGCCCAAGAAAAUGUUGACCCGAGGGUUCGCGAGGUUGUUUAUGAUAAGAUUUGCAUAAGAACGUUGACCCUUCCACUGUUGUAAGUUUACACAGUACAUAUGCAUGUGUGAUAAGUGACAAGAACGAGUAAGGAAUGCAACGAGAAUCGUCCAAAUUAUCACCGGAAUUCCCCCAUUUCUGAUGGUCACAGGUCAAGUAACCCGUCAUUUUAGAGUAAAGAUUGAAACCAGAUUUGAUCCUUGAAGGCUACACAUCAAAGAUAAUCAUGAACACCAGUCUCAUUUGCUGAUGGGGAAAUCGCUCCAAUAAAUCAGGUAGUCGUGUCUUCUCAGCUGUAAGGGGUGCAUGGACAUUGAAUCUGGCAGGUAUUCUUCAUCAUAGCAUGCCUCAAAAGCGUGUCUCUGAGCGAAUCUAGACGAAUUCAAUUUGACUUCCAGCUAUUACCAGCCACAUCAAUGGUCGUUGGAUGAACUCACAAGGUAUUAAUUAAUGAGUUGAUCUCAUCAAUGAGUUCAUCUAUCAACUGACACUGAAGCCUCGUCAAGAUGGAAGUUCCCAUCUAUUUACUAGUGGACCUACUUCUCUGUAGUCUGGUCUUGCUUCUAUGUCAGUCAUUAGCAGAUUCAUCCCCGUCCUUCCUGAGUGAACCACGGUCAAGAAUCGUCAAGCACAACAUCCGCGUCAAACUCCGCUGUAAAGUAGACCCUAAAGACGCUCCUAUCUGGUGGUCAUUCAACGGCCAAGACAUCACGGACCCAGCUAGUCUGGGGAUGCAAGUCACUCCAAAAUACCUCAAGAUUGAUUCUUUUCAGGGUGAAGGGGAGAGGUCACAUAAUGGUGGUUAUCAGUGCAAAGCAGGAAACAGGACAGGAUUGAUAGUCAGCAGGGUAGCGCAUGUACAGGCUGCUUAUUUAAGACGAUUUUCAACACAUCUACCAGCGACAGCUUACGCCAAGAAGGGCAGCGUAGCAGUUAUAGAAUGUGAAGCACCAGACAGCAUACCACCAGCUGUCAUGUCCUAUGAGUUCAAAGGUCAAACAAUAUCAGGCUCCUCAGAUCAUUACAGGAUAAUGCCGUCUGGUCAUCUUCACAUCAUUAAUGUAUCGGAAUCAGAUGAGGGUCACUAUACGUGCUUAGCUACCAACCCAACUCUGUCUAAGACACACACGGCAGGGAACGGAACAACGCUAGUACUACAGGAGGUGUCUGAAGUCCAAAUCCCGCCCAGCAUACAGACAUCAAGGGGCGUGUCAGUCAACAUUCAUGAGAGGGCGGUGCUAGAGUGUGUAGCAGGCGGUGUUCCGCACCCAGAUGUCCAAUGGGAUAUGGUGGAAGGCUUGAUACCAGAUAAUGGCGUCCACUACCCAGGCAGUCUAGAAAUCACAUCUGUUUCUAGGAGUGAUGCUGGGGUGUAUACAUGCACAGCGCUGAAUGAGCAAGGUCAAUCACAGAGGUCAGAGGUCACACUAGAGGUCAUAGAACCCGUGUCUAUUGCCAAGGCGCCUAAGAACACUCACGUUGACCUGGGAGGCACUGGUCACUUCAAAUGCACAGUCAGAGGAGUCAACCAGAACCAGAUUGUCUGGUUGUUUAAUGGACAGAGAAUCUCAGAAAUGAGCACGAGACAUGAAAUACUAGAGGGUCAACUUAUUAUCAAUGAAGUCACCCGAUCAGAUCUGGGUCCAUACCAAUGCUUUGUUCAAACUGACCAUGGCAGUGCACAGGCCACAGCUAAACUCAUGCUCAGAGAGGGAUUUCCUGCCAUCGUGGACCCACCGGUCAACACCACCGCUAUCGAAGGAGAGAACGUCUUUCUGUCUUGUGGCAUCACUGGGGAUCCUAUGCCAUUUGUUAGUUGGCAUGACCCACUGGGAACCGUUGUACGGAAUACCAGGAGCAUGUUCAUCUCGGAAGAAACUGGUGGAUUAACCAUUUCCCGAGUUGGUCCAGACGAUGUGGGUUGGUAUCGAUGCACAGCAGCCAACAAACAUGGACAGGUAGCUGCAGAAGCUUAUCUGGCCGUCAUUGAGAAAAUCAGCACGACACCGGUACCAGAGAGCAGCUCGCGACAUGUCCUGAACCCGCCUGUAAAUGAUGACAUCACCAUAACAACACAAACAACAGAUGAACCAAAUAAACCCGGAACAGUUCCUGAUGCUCCUACUAAGCCUAUCAUCAUCAAGACAUCAGACACGUCCGUUGAGACAAGAUGGGAUUACUUCAGCAGGAUACCAGUGACUAGUUUCACCAUUCAGUACAGGGAUGUAGCGUCAAUCGAUGGUUGGGUUACCGCUUCUAAUGUCAUCCCUCUGAACAGGAGAGUUUAUGAAGUGCAGGGAUUGAAAGAAGGUGCAACAUAUCGUUUCCGUGUCAUCGCAUCUAACACCCACGGUGACAGUGAACCUAGUGAGAUGUCCAAUCGUUUCUUGAUGCACGUCCCUGGUAGUAUGGAUCCACCGGUCCGGCCACCAUUAGACCCACCAAGAAUCAUCAACUGUGUCGCGAUGAGUUCUACCUCAAUCCUGGUAGAAUGGGAGUUUGAGCCAGAAUUCCCUGAUAUCCCAGUCACGGGAUUCUACGUUCACUAUCGCAACACAGACAGCGAUGAUGACAACGAUUACACACGCACACCGGUGGUCGGUGAUGACGUCAGACGCUAUCAGAUCCGUAAUCUAGAGGCGGAGUUGACCUAUGACAUCAAGAUGCAGACAUUCAAUGAUGGAGGGGAGAGUCCAUUCAGUAAUGUGAUCAUCCGUGAAACUAUGGCUCAACAGACCCCACCACCACCCAUCAUCAUCCCAGACCCUUACCCAUCUAACCCUUCGUCUGGUGGUCGUAAUCCCAACAUCCCAUCCAUACCUGAUGAUACCGAGCCUGAUGCAUCCACCAAUCAGGGUGAAGAUAUCUUAUACAUCACCCUAGGCGUGGUGCUAGGAGCGAUGUUAUUGGUUCUCAUCAUGUUUGGAGUCAUGUGUAUAUGGAGGGCCAAACAAGUCAACAAUGACAGACUUGCCCGUGAUUGGCAUUACGGUUAUUACUGCGAUGGAGCCUACCGUCACAAUAACGGGAACGCCUACAAGUUUGGUCAUUAUAUGAACGGUAACACGCCCCAGGGACAUGGAGGAGGUAACCCACCGUAUGGUGAUACAGCCACGCCUGCUGACCCUCGACCUCUCUACACAAUGCCUCAGGACACCCUGGAUGAAGCUAACUACUUCCCUGGUCUUUCACCUCCGACCUCUCCCGUUGCUAAUGGUCACAUCCCGGCAACCAAUCAAACCCUUCAACCCUGUCACAUGACCAGUCCCAAUGAGAACACCAACUCUAAUCAUAGCAGCGGAGCAUCCAAUGAACAUCUGUAUGUCAACGGUAGCUGUCGUAGCUUACGUGGUGCUGGAGGGAGUUUAGAUAGGGAAGGUCAUCAAGGUCAGGUGUCGUUGACCUUUCCUGGGUCGGGGUCAUAUGGUACUGGAGACCGGCCAGUCUGCCCUAGUAGACAUCCUAAAGGUGAUCGCAGCAGACGAAGGAAACGAGAGGGCACGACGAGUAGAGAAGCCACAGAUACUGAAAUGGCUUCUGAGGUCCCACCAUCGUCAAAGAAUAACUUCCCUCCAACUGUAGCUCAAACAGCGCCCUCGCCUGGCAAUGAGACUUCCAGUCAGCAAGGUUUGUCACCAGAGGUCAAUCUGACACUACCUUGUCAGGGGUCACAUGACUCCCUCAACCAAUCACAAGACAGCGGUUCUUGUAGAAUUGUCAAACAUUCAGACAUAUAGUAUUUCUGUUCAACAGGGUGGUGUCAACCAGUUUAGUGUAAUUAUUUUUUUAACCUGCGCACCCCUUCUGAACCGAAAUGGAUGCUCCCUAUUUACUGUCAAACAGUGGAGCAAGCAUUAUUUGAGAGGGGUGUUUCUUUUAAAAAAAUGACUUGUCAGGGUUUACGUUUUUUGUAAAUAAUAUUUUCUUGUAAAAAGAAUGUUACUAAAGGCUGAGAAUGAACAAGUUUAAACUUGAUUUUUUUUUUUUUUUGAAAUUGAAAACUGUAAAAACGUAUUGCCGAAUCAGAGAGACUCUUAUACAAACUGCGAUCAUCCCACCAAUCACAUUUGAGCUUCUUUACAUUUCUUCUUCCAAUUGAAUAUUUAUGCAAGCAAACCGACUGAAAAGAUCUGUUCCAUUACAUUUGAUAGCUUAUUGUUAUGGUAUGCUGUCAAAUCAUCAUGAAUAUGCAGCAGCUGAUUUGCAUAUGCAAAUCAAAAUCUUCCAUUCAUCCAUUCACUUCCAAAAACAAACAAGCCCUCCUGAAUAUGCAGCAGCUGCUUUAAAUAUAUUCUGUACACAAGUACACUCUUCCUUAUGCCACCUCAUUGUUUCAAACAUAUACAAUAAACAUGAAUAUGCAGCAGCUGUUUUGAAUAUGCAAAUCAAAGUUUUCUAACCAUCCCUCCAAUAGAAGAAUGCUUUUUGUGCCUUGUUGUUAAUUUGCAUUCAUUUUGCACCCUUAGUUAAACGCACGGAUUGUAUUUUUGUAAAUCACGCACAAAAUAAUGUUUGCAUUUUGUUUGCUUUUGAAAAUAUUCCUCUUAUAAAUGAAUCAAUGGGAUUUAAAUUACUUGUGCUCAUGCUCAUGAAUGUAAUUAAUUUCUUCCUUUGUUGACCGAAACACUGCCAUUGUGAUUUUAAAAAUACUGCCAUUGAAUAUUUAAAUGUAAAUUUUAUUGUAAUUUUUAAGCGAGGCUUCCUAAACAAAAUUGUAUAAGCGCCAGAACAAGCAAAUAUGCUUAACAGAAAUCUGUGCUAAGCGUGAUUGAGCCCAAUUCAUUUGCAAGUGGUUGAGUGGGGGAUGGUCUGUGCUUACUGCUUAUAUUAGGUUAGCAAGUUCUGUUAGACUUCAUUAAGAGGCUGAUCCCAUGUGGAUAUCAGAGAGGUAUUUAUUUGGUGACUGGAAAAGAGACUAAACACUUGGCUGAAAAGUUCAUUGAGUCAUUUGGAAACUAGGCCCCGUUGCUAGUGAUCAUGGUGAUGGUAGCAACAUAAUGAAGAGAUUAUUUCCAAAACGCAAUAUGUGCCAUUUUGUUCCCUUUUACAAUCCUGAUGUCUCUCCUGGCCGUCCAAAUGCAACUUUGAUGGCUGUUAUAUGCUUAAACA